UUCCUGUUCAGCCCGGAAGUGGGCGUGGCGUCACGCGGCGGCAUCACCUUACGGGUGUCCAUGUCUUCGUUUCCGUCCAUCAGUCUCUUUUCGGCUGUAAAGUGGUUCUCAACUCAGCACAUCUGUGACGCUUUUGUCGCCCUUUCGCCUUCUUAAUGUCACGAAUUUAAACUUAUUGAACGCCGUGACUCAACUCGUCUGGAGGACCGGCUGAGGCUAGUGAGUGAGCUAACUAGGUAAAGGGUGCCACGCCGCGCCGAUGGCCGUCGGCUGAUGUGCGGAGCAAUGCGGCACCACUGGUUGCUCCUCGGGGCGUGUGGCUGGGUGGUGCUCAUCCUCCUGUUCGUCAGCAGGCUCAUCAGCUUCAGAGCUGUGAACGACUAUGAAGGGAAGUUUGGUGGCCAGAGUUGGACGUCGCCGGGUGUUAAUGGGGACAAAACCAGACCGGUUUCCAGUCACGAAAAACUGUCUCUAAGUCUGAGGGAAAAGCUCUCAGAAGACCCUCCAGUAUCAGACUGGCAGUCCGUCACUGACGAGAGAAUCGAGCUGCUCUCCUCUGUCUGUAAGAACAACAGCCUCAGGAACCUGACACACGUCUCUGUCAGCAAGUUUGUUCUGGACCGGAUCUUUGUUUGUGACAAACACAAAAUCCUUUUCUGCCAAACACCCAAAGUAGGCAACACCCAGUGGAAGAAGGUCCUCAUUGUGCUGAAUGGAGCGUUUUCCACCGUGGAUGAAAUCCCAGAAAACCUGGUUCACGACCAUGAGAAAAACGGGCUGCCCCGCCUCUCGUCUCUCACGCCUCAGGAAAUAACUCACAGAUUAAACACCUAUUUUAAGUUCCUGAUUGUCCGGGAUCCCUUUGAGCGCCUCAUCUCCGCCUUCAAGGACAAGUUUGUGAAGAACCCGCGCUUCGAGCCGUGGUACAAGCAUGACAUCGCACCAGUCAUCAUCCGCAAGUACCGCAAGAGCCACCGCAGCACCGGCCUCGCCGCCUCCGGCCUGCACUUUGAGGACUUUGUCCGCUACCUGGGCGACGCCGACGGCCGGCGACGCAUGGACCGCCAGUUUGGCGAGCACAUCAUUCACUGGGUGACGUACGCAGAGUUGUGCGCGCCCUGCGAGAUACACUACAACGUGGUCGGCCACCACGAGACGCUGGAGCAGGACGCGGCGCACAUCCUCAGAGCGGCGGGCAUCGACCGGCUGGUGUCGUACCCCGCCAUUCCUCCGGGCAUCACGCGCUACAACAGGACCAAGGUGGAGCGCUACUUCGCCGCCAUCAGUAAACGAGACAUCAGGCGCCUCUACGCCCGCUACCAGGGCGACUUCCACCUGUUUGGUUACCCAAGCCCCGACUUUCUACUGAACUGAAAAACAGCUUCUCUCACAGAACACAUGGCGCGUGUCGUAGCCGACUGAAGCCUGUGGUAUACUUCUGCACACAUGCAUUGCGCGUCGCAUAUCGCGGACCCUGAUCUACUCACCAUCGGGGGGCGGUACAAGUCGCAGGGAGCAGGACGCAGAGAAAGAUGCUACCACUCCCGUGUCGUCGCGGUGUCAGCCAGGUUGAGGCUCGGACGACCGUCCUUGGCGACGACUUCUUCUGUUGUCCAAAUGUUGUCCUACUGCUUGUUGAGCGGGGCUUAAUCCUCCACCUACUGGUGGGGCAUUCCACGCGUUGCACCGAAGUAUACCAGGGCCUUGAAUGACGGUGGACGACGUGCUCUAGCGUCUUUGUUUUUAUUUGAAAUAACUAAUACUAUUCAAACGAGUGUUGCUACGGGUCGUAAAGAGAGUAGAAAUGGCUCGUUCACAUGUAGCAUCUUCUGCGAGAGCGACGUCCCAGCGCGGCGGGUCCUCGAAAUUCAACUCUUUUCUAACGCACUUAGCAUCUUUUGAUACUCGGGCCAACUUUGCGAAGAAGUCGGUCAAACUGUUCUGAAAUAAGCUCUGAACUUCACGGCAUCCUCACCAGAAAGAAAAAAAACCCGUCCUGCAUCAGUUAGUAAAAGCUACUACGUCUUUUCUUGCUGGUAAUCCAUCGUGUUUUGCUCAAAUUUAAUCUCUUAAAUUGAACGUGUUGAUUAAUCCAGCGAUGCUGUCAUCAGUUAUUUUGUCCACAAACCAAAGAUUAUUCAGUUUUUAAUGAAGCUGAAAAUCACAGAACGAGCUCAAACUGAUUAGUUAUAGUCAUAAUUUCUAUUUUUAUCCAUGAGUCGUCGAUGAUAGCAGCCUCUUUUAAGGAUUAGCGGGGAUUAUAGUGAGGGGAGAUUAUUGUGUGUUGUUGUUUUAAAACAGUUCUGUAUACGGGAUCGGCUGUAAUUUAGCGGUUUUGUUCAGGAUCAACUGCAACGGCAUCUUUUUUUUUCUUCGGUGUUUUCCUGCUUUCAACGUAAAGACGAGCGCACGCGUUACGUGAAUCAGGGACGUCGUAUUUCCAGAUAAGAAGACGUAGAAUUUCUUUGAUUCUUGACAUUUUUAGUCAUUUUUCUUCGGGAAAAAACGUAGAACUGCGACGUGGCAGAGGAAUAUCAUGUCAAUGUCCCGCAACAAGCAAUCAUCAAAUGAUCGUGUGAAUGAACGCCCCUGCAUUUCAAAAUGUCUCGCUGUUUCUAACAUUAACUCAACUAGUGACACAAAUAUUGUGUGAACCAUGUGCAACCACCUGCUGACAUGUUGUUGGUAAUAAAGCUCCACGAGAACAACCGUG